AUGUCGGAGCAGGCAGCGCUGAGCAGGGCGUGGUUCGCGGGCAAGGAGGGCGGCCUCUGCGGCCGCGAGCAAGCGCGGGCGCGGGCGCUCCGCGAGGUGCGGCGCGAGGAGGGGAAGAGCGACUACGGCGCGAUGUCCUUCGUGGCCAGCCGCGCGAGGAAGACGAAGGUGGGGAAGCCCUCCGGCGACCAUCCUACAUCGCAGUCCAUCAAGGAGCUCUUCGAGCGCGUGGACGCCGACCCCGAGUGGCACCCUGGGAAAUUAGCAGAGGGGGGGCUCCGCGGCCGGAAGCGCGCCCUGCGGGGCCCGAAGCAGACCGCCAUUGUAGCGGCGGCGAAGCGUCUGAAGAAGCAAGGCGAGGAGCCCACGUACGCCGCUAUCGCGGCCGCGUGCCCGACGGCUGCCCUGAACCCCGACACGGGGCAGCCCGUGGACAAGAAGGCAGUCUACACUGUAUUCCGGGAGGCUUGCUUUGAUGAAGGAGCAGACGAUCCAUGGGAUAACAGGCCGCGCCUGUCGCGGAACGCGCUGGACGACGUGUCCAAGCGGAGGCGGUGGGAUUUCGCGAAGCACGUGAUAUCUCUGUCGCACAGGCCGCAGCGGUACUACGACAAUCUCGUGUGGUGCGACCUCUGCAACUCUGCGCAAUCGCAGAACCUCCGCGGCCCCAAACACCACCUCAAGUUGAAUAGCUCUGACACGGCGCGGGCGUGGUGGGCCCCGGUCCUCACGCGCGGGAAGCUCCACAUCGAGCCGCUGCCUGGCGAUUUCCCUGGGGAGACCCCGCUGGGGGCCGAGAUCAUGGCGGCGAAGGUGCGAUCUGCGCUGAAUGUGCGUUUUCCCGGGGGCGGCCGGCAGCCUCGCGCGCUCUUCACAGACCGCGGGAACGGCUUCUACAACGCCGGCUCAGGGGCAAUCACCGAGGAGUACCGCGGGGCGUUGAGGCGCCACAACCUGAGGGAGGUCAUGCUCCACGAGACGGCGGCGUCGUGGAUGCGGGACAGGACCACGAAAACGCUCCCGAAGUGGUGCUGGGACGAGACCCUGGAGGCGCACCGCGCCCGGCUGAAGGCCUGCGCGGCGCAGAUCAACAGCGCCUGUGACGUCGACGGCCUGCGCCGCGAGCUGCGGUCCAGGGUAAAGGACCUGGACCGCCGCCAGGGAGACCGCCUCGCCAAGUGA